AGAGACCCGGCCCCGCGGCGGGCGGCGGGCGGCGGGCGGCGGAUCUCCGCUCCGCACUGUGCGCGGCCGAGCGGGCGGCGCUGCCCGGGAGCGAUGCGCUGAGCGCACGGAGGGCCGAGCGCGAGGCUCGCGGGCGGCGCGGGGAGUCGACCCCAUGGGGCUGGCGGGCACCGGGCGGAGCCUGUGGGCGCCGCCGCCGCCGCCGCUGCUGCUGCUGCUGCUCCUGCAGGUGGCCGGGCCGGCGGGCACCCUGGCUGAGACCCUGCUGGACGCGUCGAGGGCCAUGGGCGCCAGCUCCAGCCCGCCCAGCCCCGCGAGCGUGGUGGCUCCCGGAACGACGCCGUUCGAGGAGAGUCGCCUGCCAGUGUUCACCCUGGAUUACCCCCACGUGCAGAUCCCCUUCGAGAUCACCCUGUGGAUCCUGCUGGCGUCCCUGGCUAAGAUAGGCUUCCACCUGUAUCACAAGUUGCCCACAAUAGUGCCUGAGAGCUGCCUUCUUAUAAUGGUUGGCCUGCUGCUAGGAGGGAUUAUUUUUGGGGUCGAUGAAAAGUCCCCCCCCGCAAUGAAGACUGAUGUGUUUUUCUUGUAUCUCCUGCCACCCAUCGUGCUCGACGCGGGCUAUUUCAUGCCCACUCGCCCGUUCUUUGAGAACAUUGGCACCAUUUUCUGGUAUGCUGUGGUAGGGACCCUUUGGAAUUCCAUUGGCAUUGGGGUGUCUUUGUAUGGUAUCUGCCAAGUUGAAGCCUUUGGCCUGAGUGACAUCACUCUGCUCCAGAAUCUGCUCUUUGGCAGCUUGAUCUCAGCUGUGGACCCAGUGGCUGUGCUCGCCGUCUUCGAGAACAUUCACGUCAAUGAGCAGCUCUACAUCCUGGUCUUUGGAGAGUCCCUGCUAAAUGAUGCAGUGACAGUGGUCCUGUACAACUUGUUCAAGUCUUUUUGCCAGAUGAAAACCAUUGAGACCAUUGACGUGUUUGCUGGAAUUGCAAACUUCUUUGUUGUGGGAAUUGGUGGGGUGUUGAUUGGCAUCUUCCUGGGAUUUAUAGCGGCAUUUACUACUCGGUUCACGCAUAACAUCCGAGUGAUUGAGCCACUCUUUGUCUUCCUGUACAGUUAUUUGUCCUAUAUAACAGCCGAAAUGUUUCACCUCUCGGGUAUCAUGGCAAUCACUGCUUGUGCAAUGACUAUGAAUAAGUAUGUGGAAGAAAACGUAUCUCAGAAGUCGUACACCACCAUCAAGUAUUUCAUGAAGAUGCUGAGCAGCGUCAGUGAGACCCUGAUCUUCAUCUUCAUGGGCGUGUCCACCGUCGGGAAGAACCAUGAGUGGAACUGGGCCUUCGUGUGCUUCACUCUUGCCUUCUGUCUGAUCUGGCGAGCGCUGGGUGUCUUUGUCCUGACUCAGGUCAUUAACUGGUUCCGGACGAUUCCCCUGACCUUUAAGGAUCAGUUCAUCAUUGCCUAUGGAGGGCUCCGAGGUGCCAUCUGCUUUGCACUUGUGUUUCUCCUACCUGCUGCUGUGUUUCCCCGGAAAAAGCUGUUCAUUACAGCUGCCAUUGUUGUCAUAUUCUUUACUGUCUUCAUCCUGGGAAUUACUAUCCGACCACUGGUGGAAUUUCUCGAUGUUAAGAGGUCCAAUAAGAAACAGCAAGCGGUCAGUGAAGAAAUCCAUUGCCGGUUUUUUGAUCAUGUGAAGACUGGGAUUGAAGAUGUUUGUGGACAUUGGGGUCACAACUUUUGGAGAGACAAGUUUAAGAAGUUCGAUGACAAAUACUUGCGGAAGCUUUUGAUUCGGGAAAACCAACCCAAGUCAAGCAUUGUGUCGUUAUAUAAAAAGCUGGAAAUAAAACAUGCCAUCGAGAUGGCGGAGACGGGGAUGAUAAGCGCGGUUCCUUCCUUUGCCUCUCUGAAUGAUUGUCGUGAAGAAAAAAUAAGGAAGCUCACACCUGGUGAAAUGGAUGAAAUUCGAGAAAUAUUAUCCAGAAAUCUCUAUCAAAUCCGUCAGCGAACUUUGUCCUACAACAGACACAAUCUGACAACUGACACAAGUGAGCGACAAGCCAAGGAGAUUCUAAUCAGACGGAGGCACAGUUUGCGAGAAAGUAUCAGGAAAGACAGCAGUUUAAACCAGGAAGGCAGGGCUUCCACUUCAACCUCUCGAUAUUUGUCCUUACCCAAAAACACAAAGCUUCCAGAAAAGCUACAAAAGAAAAAGAAUAUGUCUAAUGCAGGCGGCAAUAGCAGCGACUCAGAGACAGACGCUGGGACCACCGUCCUCAAUUUGCAGCCCCGAGCAAGGCGCUUCUUGCCAGAACAGUUCUCAAAGAAAGCCCCACAGUCCUAUAAGAUGGAAUGGAAGAACGAGGUAGACGUUGAUUCCGGACAGGGGCAGCCUUGUACCCCUCCAGCUCCCCACAGCAAAGAGGGGGGCACCCCGACCCCAGGCGUGCUGCGGCAGCCCCUUCUCUCCAAAGGCCAGUUUGGCCCAGUGCAGGAAGACCGUGGGACUGAAGGCGUCCGACCCAAGCCGCCACCCAGGCUGGUCCGGAGGGCAUCGGAACCCGGCAACCGGAAAGCCCGAUUUGGAAGUGAGAAGCCUUAAUGGAAAUGGCCAAAGCAGGCCUGCGGUGACUGACCCGGCAUGGCUGGGGCUUGUUAUGCUGAAACCUGACACAACAGUGGGAUCCAUUUAAUACCCUCUAUGCAUCUAAAUACUUUCUUUGGGUAGUAGAGUCAUGCCAUUGAUUGACGGGAUGAAUGCUUAACCCAAGAAGAGGAAAAUCAAAGAAAAAAGCCCCAUAAAAUGCCUUUUAUGACUUCUCGCUAGCAGUUGUAUUCUUUGCAAGCCUAAAGAAAAAAAAUUGUGUGCCUUUAUUGAACUUGAAUGACAGAACUUGAAAUUUUGAACACACCCAUGUUGGUGAAAAUUUUAAUAUAUACAUACAUGCCUCAAAUUUUAUUUAUGGAAACCUAUGUAUAUCUGUAAUCAGUUUUUAAGCAAAGGGCGCUAAAAAUGCUCCACGUCUUUCCAAGGCGUAAAGGAGGAUGG